GGUUUAAAAUUUGUCUCCCUUUCACGAGAUAACGAGAAGAGACCACGGUCUCAGUCUCAGGCCAUUUUGUUGAGAAAAAAGUACGUCGCCUACGCCUCAUUUCACUGCGCAUGCGCAAGUUGGGCGGAAAUAAACAUUGCAAAAUCGACGAAAACAAGUUAACAGAUCAUCUGUGAUUUGAGGAAUAUUAACAGUACAAGAUGUCAGCCCCACCACCAUAUCCCGGUAACGAGAAGGGAAUGCCUCCUCCAAACCCUGCAUACCCCCAACAGGCCCCAGGCCCUGCACAGUACAGUCAACCCGGUUAUGCACCCCAAUAUGGAGGUUAUGCACCCCAAUACGGAGGUUAUCCACAGCAGGGACCAGGUCAUCCCCAGCAAGGUUAUCCUGCUCAAUAUGGCCAGCAGGCAACCACGGUUGUGGUGGCUCAACCGGCCUACACGGUUGUGCAGCACUUCAGGGAGUCGCCGGUGCGCAUCAAGUGUCAGUUCUGCCAGGCGGACAUUGUCACGUCCACCUACUAUGAGACUGGCACCUUGACAUGGGUUGCCUGCUUUGUGAUUGCCAUUGUUGGCUGCUGGAUUGGUUGCUGCCUGAUCCCGUUCUGCAUGGACGCCUGCAAGGACGUCGUGCAUCAGUGCCCCAACUGCAACCAGCAGGUGGGCCGCUACAACCGCAUGUAACAGGCCGUCAACCGUACAUCCACUGCACUGCAAAACCCUGGUUAAAACAGGCAGGGCAGUGUCUCAACCCCACUGGAGUCAGGUGGUUUAUCGGCCUUAUCAUCAUUUGAGCAUCAAUUUUUAUUUACAGUUGUACGUGUUUAUUGCAAACUUUACUACAAUGUUUUUUUCAGAAUUAGGUUUAUAUGUUUUUAUAUUUAUCCUUAUUCGACGAACGUCUACAAAUCACAUAGAUCUACACUUGAUUAAACUGUGCUGUCUUAGUUUGUUUACACAAAAUGAAACAUUCCAGUGUGGAUUGAAGUGGAAUUAUCAUUCUUUCAGUGCCAAGAAAUAUUGUAAUGAUUGUCUCCACAAUAUAAAUCUUAGUAUAUUUUGACAAAUUUAUUUCUUUUAGACAUUGCUUGUCUUUUAUAAAAUUUAUUGAUGGACCUUACUGGCUGUAUUUCAAUGCAAGUUAAUACAAAUGUUUUACUGUGUCACAUGAACAUUGUUAUCAUUCGUUAUUUUAAUCAAUUGACUCCAGGUGUCAAAAUGUGUGAUUUACUCAAACAUGUUGUGAAUGUAUAAUGGCCGAUCACUUCGUUUUGUAUCGUUUUGUACUUCUGUCUGUAUCUAUUUCUUACAUCACACUAUAAUACCGAUAGCUAACAAGCACUCUCUUGUUUUUCAGAAUAAAAUUACUGAAAAGAUUAUUGUAUACAAGCAAUCUUUAAAUUUUAAGAUUUUAACUUGCAAUGUUUCAUGAUUGCUUAUUUAUUAACGACAGCUGUAUGGGUUAUGAAUAAAUGCUAUGUAACAAAAACAUUCUGAAAAUGCUAAUUCCAAAUGAUAAACAUGAUAUAUAAUUCAAAAACAAAGUGACCUCCAGCUUUAGUGUUUAACAACAGAAUGCAAAAAUGUACAAUAAUUUCAUGCCUCCACUAACUGUGAUAAAACUUUCUGGUGACUUUAACGGUUUUAUGUUUUAUUCAUUGUUUUAAAAUUUUGUUUUUAAGCACAUCUCACACAGAGUUCGGAUAUUUUAUCUCGUACUGAAUAAAAUUAUUUCUUUCCAUAA